AUGUCACAGAAGGGUGGUGUUUUAACUUCUGAGAUGGUGUCCAGCUGUUUAUCCCAACCUGGAUGUUUCUGCAUCAAGCUGCAUCACAUUUACCACCUUUCUCUACCUAGUGACGAUCUGAGUGAUAUAUCCGUGUUCUGCAGUUAUAUUCAGCUGCAAAAGUUGGAGUUGCCACACAACAAAAUCAAAGAUUUAUCCAGCUUAAGCCACAUGCCCAACCUUGUCGUCCUGGAUGUUUCUCACAAUGAAGUCUGCGACUACUUUGAAUUCCAGCCUCUCCAGUACCUACAGGAGGUCAAUUUCUCCCACAACCAUAUGACAAAAAUGAAAGAUUUGUCAGCCUAUGUAUCCCUCCGUAAGCUGUAUCUAGACCAUAACAGCUUCUGUGAGAUCAGUGGUCUUGAGUGGUGUUGCAGACUCACCCAUCUUAGUUUGGCACAUAAUAAAAUUACAAGGAUCAGCGGCCUGGACAGUCUGCCUCUCACAUACCUUUGCCUUAAAGGGAACCAUAUUGAAAGAACUGAAGGAUUGGAGACUUUGAAGAGCCUGCAGGUUCUUGAUUUGUCUUUGAAUCGUACCACAAAUCUUUCAGGCCUGCAAAACCUCCAUCUUCUAGGCUCCAUCAACUUGGAGAAGAAUCAGAUUUCUGAAAUUCAAGAGUUCAAGUACAUUCAAAAUCUUUUACUGCUGAGAGACCUCAAUCUGCAGGAAAACCCUGUGCAGGAGGAGCCUGACUACAGGCUGUCACUUAUCUUCUGCCUUCAACACCUGGCAGUCCUGGACCGAGUGACAGUCAGUGCUGAAGAAAAGUUUAAGUGUCUGGGGCGUCUCAUUGUUAACAGAUGUAGAAAAAUAUGUGCAGAUCAAAUGAGUAUGAUCAUCGGUCACACAACACGGGAACCAUACUUUGGAGAGGAGAAUGGAAUUGAUUACCAUUUUGUCAGUAACGAAGACUUUCAAAACAUGAUUUACAUGGGUAAAUUUAUCCAGACGGUCCGGUUUGGGGAUCAUCAAUUUGGCCUCACCAGAGAUGCCAUAGAGACGGUGGCUAAAGAGGGACUGGCUUGUUGUGUGCAUGUGGAGCUGGAGGGCGUGUUCAGUCUAAAGAAGAGCUUCUUUGAACCUCGAUACAUCCUGCUUCUACCCACACAGCUGGAGAAAUACAUAAACCGCCUGAAAAGUCUGGAAGUCUAUACUCCAGCGCAGAUUGAUGUUGAAGUGUCACGGGUGGAGCUGUAUGCCAACACCAACUCACAACUCCCAAGAUUCUUCGAUUAUGUCAUUCCUUGUGAUGACUUGGAAGAAGCCUACCAGACACUGCAGCAGAUGGUGAAGGACUACCUGUCGCUUGAGGAGGAGGAGAAGGAAGAAGAAAAGAGCAGAGGAGCAUCCCCUGUUUGCACAUUCACAGGUAUCUCAUCUCUUUUGUCUCCAGCAGGAAUGUCAACCUCAUCACGGUCUGGGACAGGAUCAGGGACAUGUACUUCACUUUCUGCAUCACCUUCUGACCCCUCAGACUCCAUCUACAGACCCUAUGCAAUCCAGGCAGAGCUAAAUUCUCAAAUAACCCCAGUUGAGCUAGCUUCCAUCAGGAAGCGAGAGCAGCUAGUGAGAGAAGCUAUUGCUGGGAGGAGACCAGGGGUCUUAAGCCAGCUCUUUAAAAGUGUUUCUCCAACAUCAUCUCUACAGAAUAAAGUUCCCAGUACACAUUUUCCAGAGGAUGACAGCAGCUCAGAUGAGUCUUGUGCCAGCUCAGCUCUGUCUGUUCCUGGUUCAGAUGGCAACUUAAAGAAACCUCUAAAUACCUCUGUCCUGGUUCGUCGCAUGGAUGCACUCGAAGACAACAUGCCAUCAGACAUCAUUUCCAACACUCCUCAUCCAACAACUGAUGAAUUUCCUGGAGUUGGGUCUCCCUCUUCUGACGGUCGGCCAGGAUCCAAAGCUAAGAUCAUCCUUCCUCCAAUCUCUACUGGGCAGAAAACCCCUGCAGUCUCCAGUCCAACUCAAUCUCCUAUACUCAGCCCAGACCUGGCAGGGGAAGAGGCAGGGACUGCAAACAUGGAAGAAUAGUUUUGAAGGAGAUGUUCGAGAUGCCAUGCCUACAAAGCAGUGAUGUCUAAAAUGUCACCAGAAACAGAACUAAACUGGGAAGAAAGGAAGCACACACACACACACACACACA